AUGGGCAGAGAAGUUGAAAAUCUUAUUCGUGAAAACACUGAAUUGCUUGAAACUAAAAAUGCUUUAAAUAUUGAAGACAAAGCCCAAGGCCGUCGAUUUACUCGUCUCGAAAUGGCUAGAGUUUUGAUGGAAAGAAAUCAAUACAAAGAAAAUUUCUUUGAACUUCAAGAAGCUGUUAAAUUUACAGAAUUGCAAAGAGCGAGAAGGACUACGUCUUCUAAUAAUCAAAAUAAAUCAAUUAUUUGGAGCUUUUUCUCCAAUCUUCUUGGUGACAGCACAUCAACUAGUCAUAUAGGACAAAAUGUGAAAAAAUCCCAAACUAAAAAGAAUAUUCCAUCAUCUCCAUUAACUCAAAGGAAAGCACGUUCUGGAGGAGAUAAAGAAGACAAAACAAAUCAGGACAGAUUUAAUGCUGAAAGGCGACAACAUUACCACGAAGUUAGUCAACAUAUGAAACAAGAAGACUUUCCAACGGCUUAUGGUUGGUCUAUACCCUCAACUAAAGCAGCGGCACAAAAUUUAUCCAUUCCAGUUCCAGUCAAUUGUCGUCCAUUGAUUGAAAAUGCUUCACCUUCACUUAAAAUUUGUUGUGCCGCUUCUUGUUCCCUUCAUGGAGGAUUAAGUAAUGGUGAAUAUAUUGUUGGCGAUCCAAUACUUGGCUGUGAUCCUUAUUUAUUUUUAAAAAAUAAUUUUCAACGAAGUAACAAUGAAAAUGGGGGGAGAAAAUCUAUUGGCGAAAUCAAAAAAUUAAAUGGUUCAGAAUUUUCUCUUUUGGAAUCUUCAAGUUUAGUUUGGAUUUGUAGUUCCAGUGAAAUUCAAAAACCUUUUGUGACUAUUUUGGAUGUUAAUUGUCCAAAUUCAAUACUUGAAGGAUUUGAAAUUAAUGAAAUUGGAGCUAGAAUAUUUUGUAUUGCUAGUGUUUCUGGAAUUCAUUAUUCUGAUAUUCGAAUAACUGAAGAAGGUUUAAAUUCUGAUUCAGAAUUAUGUACAAGAGGAGGUUAUUUUGAAAAGAGCAAAACUUUAAUUGAAUCUAUAAUGGAUUUUGAAUUAUUUGGAUCUGUUGAAUUUAUAAAAUUGCAAUUAUCUACUAAAAAAGGAGAAGGAGAAGCUACUCAAACAUUGAUUUGGGAAGGACAACAAAAAAUGACUUCGCCUUCUAAAAGGAGAAGAGAUUCCAGUAUUAAUGAAUCACUUCAAUUAAAUGAUACUAGUAUUGUUAAUGUUGAAGGAUAUCCAAGCCCUUCUCCUCUUGACAAACUUUCUUUACAUAUCCGAAAUACUCUUAAACGUUAUGAAGCUUUACCUGAUGAGGAUAUUUUAACACUUCCUUUAAUGUGGAUUGGAACAGAAAGCGAAUAUAUUUAUAUUUACUCGUCAGUCAAGGAUUGGAGAAAAUGUUUAAGAUGUAUUAAAAUGCCCGAUGCUGUUCUUUCAAUUUUACAUUCAAAUGGCCGUGUAUUUGUAGCUUUAGCAAAUGGAUGUAUUGCAGUAUUUCACCGAGAUAUGAAAGGUCGUUGGUCUGAUAUUGGUUUUCAUUUAAUGCAAAUAGGGCCGUCAGAUGCUUCUGUCUGUUAUUUACACCAAGUUUAUGGAAAAAUUUGGGCAGCUUGUAAAAAUUGUAUUGUUGUUUUUGAUCCGGUUACUUUGAGGGUUGAUAGUAUUUUCCCUGCACAUCCAAGAAAGGACAGUAAAAUAAGACAAUUUGCACAUUACGGAAGUGGUGUUUGGAUUUCUAUAAGAUUGGAUUCAACAAUUAGAUUAUUUCAUGCAGAGACAUAUCAACAUUUACAAGAUUUGGAUGUUGAAUCUUUUAUUAUAAAAAUGCUUGACUUGGUACUUUUACGAAUUACUUCUCUAAGUAUUUUGGAUAAAAGAAUUUGGAUUGGUAUUGGCUCUGGAAUUAUUGUUUCAAUACCUUUUGGUUGUGAAGAUAAUUCUUCAAAUAAUAAAUCUACAAGUGAAAAAGCAAAAGGACCAGGCCAAGUAAUUAGAGUAAUGAACACAACAGAAAAUGCGGAGGGGGAUAAAACUUCAAUAAUUCCUUUCUGUGAAAUAUCAAAUGCUCAAUUAAGCUUUCAUGGACAUAAAGAUCCUGUUCGUUUUCUAGUCCCUGUACUUGCUGAAGGUUUCUCAGAUUUGACUUACAAUUCAGAACAAACAAAAGCUUAUAUGGUAUCUGGAGGUGACGGAUAUAUUGACUUUCGUUUAGGUAAAUUGGCGAAAAAAGGGAAAAUCUUUUUAAAAAUUUUUACAGGUGAUGACACUUCUUGUGAAGAAAAUACUAACAGUCCAUCUCAAAAUAAUAACAAUUCAAAUGUUAGGGAUAUGUCUCAUUUACUUAUGUGGGAAAAUGAUUGUUCAUUAGAAUGGAUGAAGACUUGA